CUGGCGGCCGUAGUGGGAGCUGGUGGGAAGCCCCGACUCCUUCACUAGGAGAAGCUCACUACGCCCUUGGUGUCUGUCUCUCGCUGUAGGGAGCGUAACUGUGGACGCUGCGCUCCGCAUUGACGCCUAACCAAGUGCGCUUUGACAUUAUCAUUGUUUUUACCAGAGGGCUCUCCCUGUUGCCCGGAAAACACACCGUUCAGUGAAGUCUGGUUGAGCAGCAGUGGGAGCCAUGGCUUUAUUCUUCAGAGGAGCUGUUACAAGUUCUCCCAUAAAGACCAGGAGCAGGCAAGAUGACCAGACAUGUUACAGUUUGGACUCCUCCUUCAUCUCUGACUGCUCCUAUGAGUGUUUCUCCACCAAUCCGGUAACAGGCUCAAUGUGUGUGUGCCGUCGGAGCCCACGCCUCCUCACUAAUGGAUACUAUGUACUGACAGAAGACAGCUUUAAUACUGAUGACCAGGGUAACCUGACCCUCACUCCAACACAGACCAACGUCUCCUACAAAGAAAACCUUGUCCGAAUUUUCCGUCGAAGGCGCAAAGUGAGAAGGUCACUAGCCAGUCUCCUGAGUGAUGUCAGCCAGACAUGUCAGUCAUGGCUGGGUGAGCGUGUGUUUGGAAGAGCAGAUUCCACACACAUUAGUGAACCGCCUUCAUGGUUGGAUAUUAGCAGCAGCACUGAAAAUGACACACCAGUCUCUUUUAAAUAUGAUCCUACAGAAACUUUCUUUCCUCCUGAAAAAGAAACAUUUUUGCCAGAGGAGGAGCCCCACCCAGAUGUCUGCUCUGCCCAUGAGAUGCCUAGCCUUUCAGGAACAGGCCUGCUGGACGUCCCACCCCCUUCUGAAUGUCUCUACAACAGUUAUUGUCCACCCACCUAUCAAACUUCAGUUUCAGAUUGUGUGUUUUUGAAAGCCUUCCUCUUCUUCAUCCUCACACUGUGUCUCUGCGCUGCUGUGUUCUCCAGCGCAAUGAUGUCAUAUCCUGACAGAUGUGUGUUUGGAGGUUUUGCUGUAGCAGUGGCUUUCCUUUUCCUGAUCUCAUCUGUUUGUGUCUCUAAAUCUGUAAGAGCAGUGCGAUGGAGUCAAACCAAGACUGAGGAUAUUACUUCCAGAAACGAGUGAUGAAGUAACACAAUACAAUCUCAGAAACAUACUCACAUACACAACAUUACUUACACACCACAUCCUGCAACAAGUGGAGCUGAAUGAGUGUGUCGACAUCUAAUUGUAAGAACAUUAGUGUGUGUGAAUGCACAUUAGUAUGCAUGAGUGUGUGUCUGUAACAGUAAGUGUGUAUCAGUUGGUUCUGCGUGUUGCUUACUGUUCUUGAAUAGCUGGAGUUCAUGUCAUGAGACUCUGGAAAAAGGGAACAUAAAAUGUUGCAUAAUCAGAUCCUUUAAAUAGUGUGUUAUGUGACACAAACACACUUAAAUCUUGCCUUUUUAUCCAUGCUGUAUCAAGUUGUGCAAGGGUGCUUUCAUUAACUGUUCCCACUGCAGAGCUACCUGACAAGAUUUCUAAAUAAUAGAAUAUUCCAAAUCUAAGAAAGGUAAGCUGUGACCUAGCUGUGCUGUUUUGUGAGCAUAUUAAUUGUAGACAAUCCAAAAAAGUAAAAGUGGACAAAAAGUCUAAAUAUUAUUUAACAGUGAUGAUGAAUUAUCAGUGAUUACCUGAGUGUGCACCAGUUGUAGUGAAAGCACCUUGUUUUUUGAUGCAAAUAUAUGUUUGUGUGUACUGUGUAAUUAUUAUUGAUAUUGUUAUUAAUAUUUUGUUGUUAUUAAUGUAUGAACAGAUUCAUCAGCUUAGCUGUUUGGACUCUUUGACAGCCAAAAUAUAGAAGGCAGCGUCCUCCUUCUCUACUGAUGAAUCAGGGCGACUUUAUUCAGGUCUUCAGAGUUUUAACCAAAUUUUGAUGUUCUCUACGUACACAUAGCAAUAGAAAUACAAAAGUGAUGCUGUUGCUGAUUGGUAGUGAUAGCUGGGCAAAUUGCAACAAACAUGGUUGAGCAUGAGAUCGGACUAAGAUUUAAUUAAAUACUGCUUUGGUAUUAACAUGUCAAACAUGUUGCAGUGAUCUUUGGCUCAGAGGUUUGACCGAACUGAUCCAAAGCUUGCUAUAUGGUAAAAGCACAAUACUCACAGUGUUACUUUUCACAAUUACCUCUUACUGCAUUAAGCAGUAUUCUAAUUCAGAAAUUUACUACAUGAAGAAAUGUGAGCUGUAAUAAAUUAUAUUGGGGUCUUUUAAACACCAGCUCACCUGGGGCCAGAGGUGGGUAGAGUAGCCUAAACCCAGAGUGUUAACACUUGAGUAAAAUGACUCAAAUAAAAGUAAAGGUACCUUUCCAAAAAAGAUCUUGAGUAGAAGUGCAAAUGCAUUGGGUCAAAAACUACUGGAGUACUAACGUACAGAACUGCAGUGGAACUUUUUAGUAAAUCCAGCAUCUAUCAGCAGAAGAACUAAAGUUUGUUGGGCUCGAUUCUUCUCUUUUUGGGAUUCUUUUUGUUUAGUAUAAAAUACUAAAGCUCCCAUCUUAGAGGUGUGACCAGCCACAGAGCAGUACAGAGCAGUACAAUAACAAAACAUAAUAAAAUUAAACAUAAAAUGAAAUUCAUCACUAAAUAUGAAUGGGUUAAAUGUGAUAAAAUUGACUAAAAAUUAGAUGCUGUAGCUCACUAGUAUACUUGAAUAGAGGUAAAAAUAUUAUGCUGUGAAAAUAGGAGAAUACAAAACCAUCAAUGAUUCACUUGAUCUCUGCAGGUCAUUCUGUGUAUAACAGAUCCUCCAACAAGAAACAAUAAUGCCUCUGAAAAGUAGAUUCUGACUUCCAGGAGCAUCAUAUACUUUCUCUAGACAGACAAAGCACUUCUUGUAAGUUGCUCUGGAUAAGAGCGUCUGCUAAUGUUGUAAAUGUAAAUGUAAAUCAUGAAGGGUUUAAAAGCAAAUUCAGUGUUUAGUGUUGACCCUUUCAAUAGGGAGACUCCUUGACAAAUUAUGCUACCUCAUUGAAAUAUCCUUUUCACAGCACUUAUUUAUAUGUGGCUCCUUACAAAAAACUGCAGGUAGGAUAUUUUUAUAGCCUAAACCAGCACUAAAAGUACAGGUAGGAUAUUUUUUGUGCCUGAAUCACCUUAUCAGGGAGUAAAAGUAAUAUUAGGCUGAGUCUGUACAAUACUUGAAGAAAGGCUGAUUUAGUAUUAAAACACAAUAGAACAGAAAAAACGAUGAUCUAAUAUAAUGAUCCGUUUGCUUUAUGUCCAGUUUGUUACUUAAUAGCAAACAGAAGAGAAAUUGUAGAAGUCCAAGGAGGGACCUGUUUAUCACAGUGCCACCACGUUGGACAAUAGUGAUCUCAUGCUCUGUGUUUAUUGCAUUUAGCCUGUUGUGCUUUUGCUGAAAGUUGUGGUAUUGUAGUAGCUGAUACCUCAUCCCUUAAAAGGGAAGUGUGGUGUGAAGAGGGCUGUUGGGCCCUAAAAAUGUGCCAGUUUUCCUAUGGAGAGAUGCUGCUUAUUGCUCAUUAAGUGCCUUUCAAGAUAUGUCCUUGAGGACCCUCAGCCAUGGUUGCAUAUCAAUGCCAAUACCAGAAAUGGUAACUUAAGUGUAAGAUAACAACAGUGUGCAGUUUUAUCUGCAUGUACAUUCCGAUACAGGGUGCAGCCUGUGACACAGUCAAUAGCGCUAUAUUUCUAAUUCUUUAAUAUGGAGAACACAUUUUCCAUAAUUCCAUAGAUAUUUACUGAGUUUUUGUAAUGACUUCACAUAAAAGAUGUCACAUAAAUAUUCCAGUUGACUGGUAUGCAGUUGACUGUUAUAAAGCAUCAUGUUUGCUGGAUGCUUGGAAGGUCUCUAUAUAGAUUUAUAUAGAGCUUAUUUUUUAAUCAAAAUGAGAGUAAGUAAUUCUGUCCAUCAGGAAAAAGACACUGGUCAGUUAACUUUAGAAAUAUAUAUGACAAGUAUAGUAUUUUAUCUAUAUCUUAUUCAGUUGUUAACAAUAAACCACAAAUUAGAAGGGCAUUGAAGUGUGAUGUUCAUGUUAGUGUGAUAAAGUACUCAUAAUGUAUUGCCUGCCUGCAGGCCAAGAUAAUGAAUAAUUAAACGUCACUUAGUUUGUAGCUAAAUCUUACUGUGUCUACUGACUGCAUGUUGUUUAUAAAAAUUAAAUAUACCUUGUAAAAGUAGCAGUAAGUUAUGAGGACUUAAAUGAUGUAGGUAUCAUUGAUUGAUAGAUUGAUAAGCUAGACUGUUUUGCUAUAAAUUCUGUCAAAAGGUAAUUGAGACAGUGUUACAGUAAUCAGUAAAACACCAGUCUGAAACCAUAAGGAAAGAAUGAUGUUUGAAGGUUACAUUGUUUUUUGCAGUGAGGGCAACCUGUGAACAAGGGGCUUAGUGACUUGCACAACUGCAGGGGUCAGUGGGUAAUGAUCUUACGACCUGCAGCCCUGUGGUCUUUUUCUCAUGGUACCCAAUAGGGUUUGAAACCACAGCCUUACGGCUGCUAGUGGCCUUCACCACUUAGCUGCCUAAUGCUGUAUAUUUAUGUAUGAAUUAUACUUUGCCUGAAGAUAAUUCUUUUAGUUUUAUACAAACUUCACAUACAUAAUCUUGAACGUAGACAGUGAACAAGUAAUUUUUCAAAGUUGCAAUACUCAAUUAAAUUGGGACUUUUUCACAGAAUACUGUGACACACACAUACUGAACAAAUAGAAUUUGAUACUAAACUGUAUAUAAAUUGUAUAUUAUUAAGUAUUAAACAAAAACAGCUUUCUUUCAGAUUGGCUCAGCAGGAAGAGCUUCUGUUUUUGGAAAGGUGCUAUAACUGCAUCAGUUAGUUGUGCAUGAACAAAUAAGAUUUUCUUAAAUUGAAAUGUGUCAUAUUCGCUCACUAUCUCACUAUUCAUGCAUGAAACUAUUCCCAAUAUUUUCUCUUUUCAAUUUUAUCAUGUUUAAUGUGUAAUGAAUUUCAUUCUCAGUUGUAACCUAAACUGCAGAUUUCAUGUAGUAGCAGCUGACACAUUCUAACUCACUGUGGCAGAAAUUAUAUUUCUGUAAAACUUUGUAAAAAUAUGCUGAAAGAUUAAUUUACGAACUUUUAAGAAAGUGCUUAGGAAUUUUGUAUUGUGCCAGUGCAUGCAAAGCUGAAAUAAUACAGGGGUUUGCAUUUUUAUUGGCUGUGCAUCCCAAGUGAUUUGUCAUGAAACUCAGAAUGGAAUUUUACUAAUAAACCGUUUUCAUAGCCAUCA